AAGCUCGGCCGGCCAAAGCGUAUCAUUCUUUUGGAAACAUCCGAAUGGAAAGUGAUGCUUGAAAUAUACUAUCCCUCAAUUAUUAAGGAUGACUUGCUCUUCUUGCUUUUGCCGGCAACUGAGCAAAAUGACGAACAGUAGCAUCCCUUAGGAUUUAGCUACGAGAACAUGACAAAAAGACAACUUACUUAUCGAACAUUUGACAGCCAUUCACCUGUGAGAUAGUCUGGAAAAUUCACAUUGAAGAGAGUUGGAUGGCAAUGGCUGGUAGUGAGGAAGAACCGGUCAGUCAGUCUCUACUGUUCGACAAAAGAAGUGGCUUCGAUGCACAAAGCGGAAUCUACUAUUCACUUGUCCAUCUCAGUGAGCAGAACAAAAUCCCGACCCAGCCUAACCUUGACACAGCCACGUUUGUUCUAUCACAGUUCCCACCACCGGAGCAUGCUGAAAAACUGGUGGCACUCAUCGACUCUGCCACUAAUCGCAGACUCACCUAUGCUAAGCUUCGCCGCUCCAUCAACACGCUUGCUGCCGGUUUAUAUCAUGGUCUUGGACUGAGGAAGGGCGAUGUUGUGUUGAUCUUAUCACCAAACUCACUUUUAUACUCCACCAUAUGUCUUGCAGUGCUCUCCAUUGGUGGUGUGAUAACCACUGCCAAUCCACUUAACACUGAAAUGGAAAUUGCCAAGCAGGUGAGCGAUUCGGGUCCAAAACUUGCUGUUUCUUCCCCAGAAGAGAUGCACAAGGUGUCUCCAACUGGAGUGCCUGUUCUCCUUACAUCGCGUGGUACAGAUGAUAGCCAGCUUUCAGUUGAAGAGUUGAUUGAGAAAUGCGAACCGUUAGAAAUUCCAGGAGUGAAGCCAACUCAAUCAGACACAGCAGCAAUACUGUACUCUUCAGGGACCACUGGAACCAGCAAAGGAGUUGUCUUAACUCAUGCCAACUUCAUAUCAGUUAUUACACUACUCAAGUGGUCUGUCGACGUAUCCAAGGCCCAUGAUGAUGUCUUCCUCUGCUUCAUACCCUUGUUCCACAUCUAUGGUCUAGUAUUUUUUGGGCUUGGAUUAUUCUGCGCGGGCACCACCACUGUUCUAAUGCAAAGAUUUGAUUUCCAAGGAAUGCUUGAAGCUAUUCACAAUCACAAGGUGAGUAACAUACCAGCUGUCCCUCCGGUGAUACUCGGCCUGGUGAAGUACAAUGGUGGAGGAUACAACUUGUCAUCUUUGAGACGAGUUGGAUCUGGGGCUGCACCGUUGAGCAAAGAGGUGGCCGAUGCAUUCAGGGUCAAGUUUCCAUGGGUUGAGCUGAGGCCAGGCUACGGUCUCACUGAGAGUUGUGGUGCGGCUACGUUCUUUGCAUCCAAUCAAGAAGCAAAGGCUCGUCCUGGUUCGUCAGCUAGGUUGCUUCCAUGCUUUACUGCCAAGGUGGUGGAUUUUGAGACGGGAUUGGAACUGCCGCCAAAUAGGGAAGGUGAACUGUGGCUGAAGAGCCCAACUGUGAUGAAAGAGUACUUGGGCAAUGCUGAGGCGACUGCUGCAACGUUUGAUUCGGAAGGGUGGUUGAAAACAGGAGAUCUUUGCUACUUCGAUGAUGAGGGGUACAUUUACAUAGUUGACAGGAUAAAGGAGUUGAUCAAGCACAAUGGUUAUCAGGUGGCUCCGGCAGAGCUAGAAGCAAUACUAACCGGACAUCCUCAGAUACUAGAUGCAGCCACACACACACACACAUAUAUGUGUUUUUAACACUUUUGAAAAUCUUGCGGAGUUGAAGAUGAAGCAGCAGGACAAAUUCCCAUAGCAUAUGUGGUGAGAGCAGCUGAUUCUGAGCUAACAGAAGAUCAGAUCAUCCAAUUUGUUGCCAACCAGGUAGCACCAUACAAGAAAAUAAGGGGGGUGAGUUUCAUGAAAGGCAAGGUCUGCUCUGCUGCAGGCAAGAUUUUGAGGAGGGAGUUGGUGUUGCAGAGCAAACAAGAAAUGCCCUAUAAGUUAUGAUGAAGCAACUCAAAGUCUUGAUGUGAAAACUUCAGAUGUAGCUGAAUAAAUGAAUGAUAUGAUGGUCGUUUCAAAAUUAUUUUUUUCUGCAUUAAUCUUGAAGGAAA